AUGGUAGAAUCAAUGUGGCUUACUAAACGUCCAUUGAGCAUACACCAACCAAAAAUGAGAGGGGGCAUGGCAGCGGGUGGCAGUUCGAUGGUGGUGAAGAUGGCAAAAAUGCUACACCUAGUCACAUUGGUCACCUUAAUUUGUGUAGCAAAUGGCAACAUUACGGUUCAAAUCACCAACAUGAUUGAAUACGAUAAGGUGUUGAUUAUUGGUUGCCGGUCAUCAGACAAUGAUUUGGGACAACAUACACUAUUGUAUGGUCAAUCAAUGGAUUGGAGGUUUAAGCCAAACUUUUCUAAGACAACUUUGUUUUAUUGUAACGCAAGGUGGGACGCUGCAGAUGUUACAUUGAAAGUCCAUUUCGUCGCUUAUGAGUACACGAGGGAUAACUAUGGUUGUGGCUCGGAUUGCCGAUGGUUAUUUACUAUCAGUGGUGUAUAUGCAUAUGACUCAAAGAACGACUCUUGGGAGUUUAGGUUCUCUUGGUAUUCGUAG